GGCCCCGUAGAAUAACAAAUUUCAAUGGCCGCCAUAGAUUUCUAAAAAUUCGAUUCACAAACGGAUUACAGGCGUUUUCUUCCCAGUGGUGCUAUAAAUUAUCAAUUUACCAAUUAAGCACAAAGGGAUCACAAUUGAAGCUAUAUUUGAUGUUGACAUUGAGUCAAAAUUAUAAGGAUUUAGAUCAGAAAAGUGCAUAAAUUUUAAUUUGUUUUUCCGUUUCAAAAUAUUUUUUGGAUCGAAAAAGACAGAAAGAAACAGGCUUGUGCUAUGUAUUAUAUAAUGGGGGCAUGGUGGGACCAAGCUUUCCCAUGCUUGAUACACAACCAUCAGCUAGCAUCACGGCAGAGGGCAACAUGAGCUUACUUGUUCAGGUGAACUCUACCAAUCAGGAGGCACUGUAUCAGGUUCAACCUGAUCAAAAUGUGACUACAACAAUUCCUCAAUUGACCUCUUUAAAGGCCGAUGGAGGACAACAGACUUAUUCUUUACAUAAGGAACCAACCAGUGGAUUAUCACCUAGAGAUAAUGGUUUAGGAGAUUAUGUGCAAAAUGACAUAGCUAGAAAAGACAAUGUUACCAACUGGGUAAAGGUGCUGAAACAAGAGAGUACACUACCUAUACAUGGGAUAGUAACUGUCAAUCGAGCUGUCAAUGGGUUUAAUGAUUUAACCUCUGGGAUGGCUGCGGGCACUGUACCCGAUGCCAUGGAGAGUCCUAUUGUUCCAGAGGACUGUUCCAAAUCUAACGGUUAUACGAGUACUACAACUAGCUACUAUGGGCUACCUUAUCAAGACCACAAUUAUGUUGCUCCACCCCCUAGUUCCCCAGCCCAUUGUCCUGCCUCUCCUGCCAACUCAAAAAUCAAUGGUCACAUCGAAGUGGACGAUGAUACCAGUAUCGCUGGGCUAUCAACAAUCAGUACGACUCCCAGUAACAACUCCUCCAAUGUGAUUGUUGAUUACGAUGAGAGCGUCACCAGAUGUAUCUGUAACUUCGAACACGAUGACGGCUACAUGAUUUGCUGUGAUAAUUGCAGUGUAUGGCAGCAUAUUGACUGUAUGGACAUAGACCGAGGCAACAUCCCUGAUGCCUACAGUUGCGAGAGGUGCCAGCCACGCCCCAUCAAUGCAGCCAGGGCCAAAGCCUUGCAGCAGCACAAGAGGGAGCUUCUAGCUGCCCUGGCAACCAACUCGUCUACUGACACUGACGAGGAUGAGAAGAUGUACAAGGCAGUAUCCAGUACCCCAACAACUCUCAAACUGACCACGACCAAGAAGUACAAGAAAUCCAAGAAGCAAAGGCAAAAGGAAAUGGAAAAACUAGAGAAGAAAGAAAAGAAGAAAAUGAUGAAGAAAGAAAAAAAGGAUAAACGAAGGAAAUGGGAUAAUACAGAACAGAAAUUUCUCUACGAGAAGAAGAAACAUGUUAAGAAGUUUACAAGCCCUUUGUUUGAAAAUGAGAAUGCUCUUGGCCCUUGGGAAUCAGAUGAGGAGGAUAGUCCAUGGAGCAAAUCAUAUAGAGAGAUUACACGCAGUGUCUAUACCUCAGCUGUACAGACAAUUCUAGCUACCAAACGAGUCAAUGGACUACAUCCCAACUCUGUUGAUGCCAAGUUAGCUGAGCAAAUGAGAGAACCACUCUGUACAGUUGUGCAGUUCACAGAUCAACGAAAGGGUCUUGAAACAACGGAGAACAUUCGUGAGAAUCAGAUCAUCAUUGAAUAUGUUGGCCAUGCUAUGUUGACACCUCAAUUCCAAGAGGAGAAUAACUUCCAAGACCAGAUGUUUCCCUUUGUGUUGUUCUACAAAAAGUACGAGCCCCUUGACAUGUGCAUAGAUGCCAGCAAGACUGGCAAUGAUGCUAGGUUUAUCCGUAGAUCUUGUACUCCCAAUUCAGAGGUACGGCAUUUGAUCGAGAAUGGAAGUAUUCGACUAUACAUUGUGUCCUCUGUUACGGUCCCUAAAGGUACAGAAGUCACCAUCCCCUUUGAUUUCAACUACCAAGACUGCAACUACUGCAUCAAAUGUGCCUGCUUCCGAGCUAAUUGCCCUGUCAAUAAAUUUGCCUCGAAACAAGAGCAACGAUUGCUUAAGAAACGUCACAAGGCAGCCAUGAAGCAACAACAGGCCCAUCAACAACAAUUAGUUGAUGUUACAUCUAUUGAUGUCAAGCAGGAAUUGUCCCAAGAUGCCAAACCAGCAAAGAAGAAAAAACGUCAGAAAUCUCAGAGUGUGUCUAUUGAUGAUGACACAAACUCCCUCUCCCAGAUAGCUGCUGGUCCAGCCGUCACUCCUACAAGUCCUGUACCCUCACCCCCAAAGAAAAAGCAACGUAAACUAUCCCCUCUUAGAGUUAACAUAAAGGAGAGCACAUCUGCUGGUAAUACACCAGUGAAGCAGCCCAAAGUAGCAACGAAGGCUGAGUUGAAAGAGGUGGUGUCCCCUGUGAAGUCAGAGCCAAAAGCAGUUGCAGCUGAGGCCCCUGAGGAAGUGAAAGAAGAACCAGCACAUGAUGUUACUUCACCCCAGCAUGGAAUUGAGCCACAUAAAAUGACUCGUGAAGAGAAGAAAAUGGAGGCCAUUAUGAAAGCUUUUGAAAAGCUAGAAAAACGUCAAGAACGGAGAAAAGAAGCUCUUACCAGGUUGGAGCAUGUCAAGAAGGAAGAACAAACAGAAGAGAAACCAGUGCCUCCUAAAGCUUCAGCUGGCAAAGUGACACCUGCCAAAGUGGCUCCUGCCAAAGGAGCCCCCGUGAAGACUCCUGCAUCCAAGAAGAAAAAGGCUGAGGAAAAGGAAAAGGAAAAAGAAGAGAAAGAGGUUCAACCUGAGCCAGAUGUAGAGAAGGUUGAAGUGACGGAAGAAGAAGCGCCAAUUAUAGAGAAGCCAAAACCUGCUGUCCGACACAGAAAGGCUAAAAAGGGUCAUAGCACCCCAGCACGGCGUCGUAGUCGCGUUAAUAGUGGUGUUAGUGACACAUUGUCGCAUGAUGACACAAGUAACCAUGCGCCAGUGUCCAGUAUGAGUACCCCCGUGACCCCAGUGACAGCGAUACCAUCGGGGGCCUCACUAGAUGUCACUACUGCACCACCAAGUAAUCCACUCUGUACACAAUCAGCCAGUACACUAUCUCCAAAUAUGAAGGGGUUCAGGUUUCCAAAAACGAAGAAACAUUUGAUGAAUGAGUGGCUAAAUGAAAAAGGAGCUGCGAGCGAUGUGGUUAAACCACUAACAAUCAAAACUGAAUCCUCGGAGGAAGAAAAUGCCGACUUCAUCAAAUGUGUCCCCAGCCCCCAGUACAGUGGUUUGCAGCACUUGAGGAGGUCAAGUUUCUCAUCCAGUGCAGAGAUGAAACCCAAUCUGGGCAUUAAAGCUCUGGAUAGCAGUAUGGGCUCAGCAAAGAAGAGGUGGUUGCGCCAGGCAAUGUUUGAGAACACACCAACAAGUGGUGGCAACUCUCCUGUUCAUAAUGGCAGUAUGAGUCCACUCCCAGCUGCCCCCUGUGAUAGCCCCUGUGGAUCGCCUCCUGCUGAUUUUGUAACUCCGCUCAAAAAGCGCCGCCUGGCACGUGCAUCAAUCUCUACAGAAAUGUCCUUACCCCCUACCCCGUCCACACCAAGUUUCCCAAGCCAACACGUCCCAAAACCUCAUUCUGAAGAAAUGCAAGAUGAAGAGAUUUCAAAACAGAUUAACGAACGAUUAAAACCAGAAAGUAGUAUCGGGAAUGAUGAAAUUCGACGGAAUGGAUUCAGACACAAUUAUUUAUCCCCAAUAACACCUGUUACUCCAAGUGAUAAUUUAUUUGAGAGGUUCGGCCAGGUGAAUCAUCAGAUCUCGAUAGAAAGUGACAUUUCGGAAUCAAUACUCAGUCCGCACCCUCAUCCCCUAGGGGAACUUCCCCGACCCAGAACUAGUAGCGCCAUCUCAAGUACAACGCAAGAUCCACGUUUAGACCCCGAGCUACUGCCUUCUAAGUUUCGACAUAAAAAAUCACUCAACAGGUGCUCAGACUUUGAUCUUGAAUCAUCAGAUAAUCAGUCGACAACUGAUGACGAACAUGUUUUUAAUAAAAAUAGCAGUCACGGUGAGGAGAGGUUCAACAAUAGGGUCACUACGGGUUCUCUUCAAAGUGAUGACAAAAAUAGAAAUAUUGACUCGUGUAGUGAAGCCAUUGAGAUUGUAUCCUCUGGCGAGACUAAAAUGUUAAAUUCAGAUAGGACUGGUCAUAAUGAAGAGUGUUUAGAGGACAUAGUUUCAAAUUCAGAUGGUAAUUCACGUGUAGGGACUCAAAAUAGUCAUUUAGAUCCAUUACCCUCAACAUCUGGGGAGCAUAUGAACAAUUCCUCAUCAGAAAUAUUACCGAGCACAUCUGGAUCGCCAAGUACAUCUGGAACAUUGCCAAGCACAUCGGGGUCAUUAUCUAGCACAUCUGGAUCUGUACCCAGCACAUCUGGAUCUGUACCCAGCACAUCUGGAUCUGUACCUAGCACAUCUGGAUCUGUACCAAGCACAUCUGGAUCUGUACCAAGCACAUCUGCAGGUCCGUGUCACGUGGAGUCCAGCUCCAGUAAUACAGGGAACUCCCCUUCUGUUGGUACCUCAGAUACAGCAUACAAAGCAACUAAUGUUGACUCUACCGAGCAAAUAGAAACAAAUGCCACUAAGGUUGAGAGUAGCAGUGUUGGUACUGUUGGAAUAGCAGAUCCUUUAAGAGAAGCUGUUACAUGCAGUACAGAUAAUGCUUCAAAGGGAAUUGAUUUGGACUCUAGUGGAGCUUUCGAAGUCCAUAGUGCUGAUUCUGGCUCUGUGGACAGUGGACAUGUAGAAAUCCAACUGGACUCAUCAGGUGUCCACUCAAAUACUCUAAAUGGCCCCGAUUCUCUCUCAGUUGCUAUGUCCUACCAGCCAAUGGAUAGAGCCCAUUUCUCCGCUGAUAGUAGCUCGGACAAUGUGUGUAGAUCUGAUGUUGUCCCCCUCGAUAAUGUCUCAACAUCUGUGUCACCAAGGAGACAAUUUGACAGUGGGUUACUAAGUAAUUCGAGUGAGAGUUUUGUGAGUAGUAACCUACCAAUGGUCAAUUCAGUUGACAUGGAUAUGAUGUCUGAGCAGCACAGAGAUAAAUGGGUCGACUCGACAUCCCAGCAGAUUGCUCUAGAGGAGCAUGUCGUUGAAACAUCUGGUGAUAACCACUCACAAAGAAACACAUCCAUGGAUAUAAGUAGUUCUUUACAAGGACAGUUUGGUCCUAGAGACUCUGAGGCAGUGGGAAUUAGUGUUCCUGAGCAUUCUUUAUCUCAUCACCAUAUGUCGGAGCAUGCAUUAGCCCAACACCAUAUGCUGGAGCAUUCAUUAUCCAAUCCUUCUAUGCCGGAGCAUGCAUUACCUCAUCCUCACUCUGAGGAAAUGUUCUCACAGCGUCCCAUGGGGCAUAACAUGCAUGAUCUUUCAGUAGGAGAGCAAAGACUGCAGGAGUCUGGUGGUUUGGCCACAUCUUCGUCUAAUGGGCUUAUAGACCAAGGGACUCCACCACCUAAAGAAAAGAAAAGGGUGUCCCUGCUUGAAUACAGGCAGAGACUGAAACAGAGAAGUACCAGUAAAGAUUCUAGGGACCAGGAUUCCAAACAGUCGAAUACCCCAGUGAAGUCAACAUCAUCCAGCAGCAGCACCUCGUCAUCCCCUCUCUUAGCAUCACCAACAUUGCGUGCUCCUGGACCCUCAAUUAGAGGCUCUGGGAUAUAUACUCUGGCCCCUCUUCCUCUGUUUGUGGACACUAACAGUAAUAGUAAACCAAGCAGCAACCAUGACAAGCAUCGCCCUAUAAAAGGAGGCCUAUCAGCCCACGCCAUAUCAAGCCUCAGUAGGUCUAUAUCAAACGACUCUAAAGACAAGAGGGAACACAGAAAAAGAGACCAGCAUCCUCGCUCUAGAGAUGUCCGAGAUCGGGUUCGGGAAAAGGAACGAAAGGUUAAACCCAAUAUGUCCCAUUUGAGCCUCUCGGAGCGUCUUAGGAAAGAAUUUGGACUUAGCGAUGAUGAAGAUGAUGAUUUAAGGAAAGAGCGACGUGGUGGUAAAUUGCACGUUGGGUGUCACUCUCCUAGAAUGUGUACACCCCCGCCUCCUCCCCCUCCACCCCCAGUUGCUGCUGCCCGCACACCAACACGUGCAUCUCCAGCCAAUCAUUCUCGUCCAAAUAAGGGUGAUGGCACUUCAAGUAGUGGGACGCCCCCUCCCCCACCACCCCCACACACCAGUGCCCACUUCUCUUCUGGGACAGGCUCUCAUGGGGCAUCUAUGAGGAUGAAGCAACCAGGUGGAGGCACACAACCAGGGCCUCCUAAUCAUGGUGCACCUGGGGGAGGAAUACCAUCUUUGCUAUCAUUACAUAUACCACCCACCUUCAAAGUCAAUAAUACAGGAACAUCACCUGGGCAACCCACCAGUCCAGUCUAUCCUCCAUCACUCCCAUCACCCAAUCUACAAAGAGGAAAUGGGGCAUCUGGGUCUGCACCUCCUUUGCGAACAUUUACACCUCCUGCGUAUAGACAAACACCAUCAUCUACAGACACUGGAGGUCAUCACUCGACCCAGUAUUCAACCUCAUAUAAUCAUAGGGACUCACACAAGGAUUCUAAUUCGUAUACACGAAGAGACUCACAUUCAUCGAGGGACUCACAUUCAUCGAGAGAUUCAAAUCAAUUGAGAGACUUGCACUCGAUGAGAGAACCAAAUUCAUAUAAACAGCAAACAUCACACUCGGUGAAAGAUCGCAAUGGAAAACCUAAAAUUGAAUUUGCUGGUUAUAGGAAGUGAAGAUGUUCCUAAAUUGUUCAAGAGAUCUCAUUUAAAUACUUCUCAUUUAACUAUUGAGAAAGCAUGUACAUAUAUGUACAAAAUGACAUUACACAUGCAUACACCUAUUCAGUGAACAUACACGCACAUUAUGAAAUAAUGUAUAUAGAAUGAAUAAUACAACAAUGUAGUAGAAGACGUCGAAUUAGAAUGCAGGAUUUGGAAGAGUUUUGGAAUCAAACACUGAAACUUAGAUUUAAAAUACUAUCUGAUUACCAAAACACCAGAUAUAUUUUGUCAACCAAUGUAUCCAUUCUGCCAGAUGGUAGCCAUAGCAAUUAUUAGCUAUGAGAUUGAGAAAAUGAUUUGAGGUUCACCUGUUGAUUUUAAUAUGGAGAAAUCAUGUAGGAUAUAAUGUAGAUGGGAGCAGCAUGUGAUAAAGUGGUGGAGGCCACAGGCGCAAGAGACACAGUUAUUUUCUAGUUGUACAUACUUGUAAACUUUUCAUGUUGGUAGAUGGCUGUUGUUGAUAGAUGUGAGAUUCAAAUGAACGACUCUCAAAUGGAGGCUUUUCAAAUAGAGGCUUUUCAAAUAGUAGCCUCAAAU